AUGGCUGCGGAAAUUCGCCAUCAUCUAGCAAAUGCCUCUUCAUCAAGGAAAAAUACAUUAAGGUACAACGAUAAUGCAUUAUCUCAGCAAAUCCCUGAGGAAUUCAGUAGAAAACGUGAAAGAAACCAAGACGAAUCGCAUCUGUUUUCGCACCCAUCUAGCUCACUGGAACGAACGAAAUUUCCUCGUUACAGUUCAUCGAUUGAGGAUAUAGAUGUUAUUGAUCUUGCUUCAGAGGAAGAUGAUGCUGAGGACAUAUUAAGAACAUGGCAAGCGGAUUCGUCACCGCCGAUGAGAAGCAAACCUGUAUCAAUGGAGCAAGAGGUAAUAUGUAGCUCUCCUGAAGUUGGUUCAAGAGCUUUCGGGGAAUCAAGUCUACCAUCCUCAAUUACAUCUCCUUCGGACCACGGGUUCGUCGCUGCUACAAGUGCUAAUUCACCCUCACCUCUUUUACGAGAUGAACCGGGUCAGGGAGAUGCGGCAGAGGAGAAGAAAGACACUGUUCCUCUUAGGCUGAAUGAUAAUAUUUCUACGACGACAGCACAACCACUGUUCAUUUCAGACACACCACGGAAAACAGACAGCAACUUCCAACUUUCCUCUAUAGUUGACGAAAUGAAGGACCGGGUGCAGAACAAUAAAUCACCUGGUGUCCGAGCAUCCAGUCUGAACAAUGUAAGCCCGAACUUACAUGCGAUAGACGAGGCCUCUGCAAUCGUUAUAUCUGAUUCAGAUGAGUCUGAUGGGCAAGAUUGGCGUGACGAAUUCGAAAUGGAAACUCAUAGUGCACCAGAAAUCCUUUCCCACCGGACCUUGCCCUCCCCUCAAGUUCAACAAAAGCCUCUCGUUCUUAAUCAACUCCCCGCAUCUUUCCAACCACAGGAUUCCAAUUCGUUUUAUUAUUACAAAAGCGUCCAUGCUCCUGAGAGCGUGAAUCAGAAUUUUAUUUCUGGUAAUGGCACGGCAGACAACCCUAUAUCUCUUAGUGAUGAAGAUGAGAAUGAGAUUGAGAAUGUCGGGAAUUACAUACAAUAUCUGCAUGAUUACACAUGGCAAACGGAUAACAAGCAGCAACCAAUGUCUGAAGAGGAAUAUCUUCGUUUAAUGCCCUCCUAUGCCAGUGCUCGUGUAAAAACCCAAUAUCCGACAGACUUUGGCGGUGCUGUGAACGAACAAUUGAAAAAGGAUCUUGAAAACCUAUUCAACGGAUUGGAAGAGCAGCCCAUUUCCGAUCCCGCAUCUCGAGUCGGUACACCUCAUGGCCUUGUUCCUACGCUGAUGGAACAUCAGAAAGAAGGGUUCAUGUGGAUGAAAAAAAUGGAAGAAAGUCCAAAACUCGGUGGUAUACUUGCUGAUGAUAUGGGUCUCGGAAAGACAGUACAAACAUUAGCCUUACUGGUUGCUAAUGUUUCUGAAGAUCCAAAAUAUAAGACAAAUCUUAUUGUUGCCCCAGUAGCUUUAUUGCGACAAUGGGAAAAAGAAAUUCGAACAAAAGUUGCUCCUGAAAUGGGAUUUCGGACGUACAUUCACCACGGUCUGCUAAAAAAACAUAAAUCAUUUGAGGAACUAAGGAAUUACGAUGUCGUUCUCACAACAUAUAAUACAAUUGCAUAUGAGUACAAAACGCACCAAGCAAUACUUGAAGCAAAUGAGGAAGGUAGUACUAUGAUUCAUGAGGCACAACUUCCCAUUCUAUAUGGCGAUUGGUACCGUGUUAUUCUCGAUGAGGCACAGAUGAUCAAGAAUCGCAACACAUUGACUGCCAAGGGCUGCUGCCUCAUAGAAUCAAAGUAUCGCUGGUGCCUCAGUGGCACACCCAUGCAAAAUUCAAUUGAUGAAUUUCACAGUCUGCUAAAAUUCCUGCGGAUAAAACCGUACUGCGAUUGGGAAAUCUUUUGUCGGGACAUUUCUGUCCCCUUAAAACAUGAGGUAGGUUCAUCUGAUACACGCGCUAUGAAUCGUUUAAGAGCUCUUAUUAAGGCUGUGUUACUUCGGAGGACAAAGAAUACAAAAAUAGACGGUAAACCUAUACUUACUUUGCCUAAAAAAACUCUUAAUGUCCAGGAAGCUGCCUUGUCUCCUCCGGAAAAAGAAUUUUAUUCUGCUCUGCAAACAGGUGCGCAAAUUCAAAUGAGAAAGUUUAUGAAGGAAGGCACCGUAGUAUCACAUUAUGGUAGCAUUCUAGUUCUUCUUCUUCGUUUGAGACAGGCGUGCUGUCACCCUUGGUUAGUUGUGGCUCGUGAAGCUACAGCAGAUGAUAACGAUGGGUUUCGGCGUGAAAAACUUGCUCUUUUCAAACAGCUCCCAAAAAGUGUUGUUGAGGGAAUCAAACAACUAGAAUCGUACCAAUGUCCAGAAUGCUUAGAUUCCGUGAUGGAUAUUCAAAUUCUAAUUCCUUGUGGUCACUUGAUAUGCCGAGAGUGCUUGGCCAAACAUGCUGAUAAAAUGAAUGCUGGGGAAAAUGGUGAUCUUCUAUCAAUGUUCCCAAAAUGCUCUAUUUGUCUUGAAUACAUUAACACUGAUAAUGUAUUAAGUGUUGAGCUGUUUCGAUCUUUUGCAGGUUGUUCGUCUUUAAUGACCAGCAACAAUACAUUUGACUUAAAAAACGUCAGUUCAAUUUUGCCAUCAAGUUUCACAAACAUUCUUGAGAAUAGGGAAAUUGGAAUGUCGAUAUUUACAAAUCCAACACAAUGGGUAACUUCCACAAAAAUUGAAAAGGCUCUGGAAAUCAUAAACGACAUUCACAAGAAGCAUCCUAGUGACAAGGUUUUGCUAUUCUCACAAUUUGUUCCCUUUUUAGAACUGUUUAUGGUUCCAUUAACUCAAAAAGGCCUGAAGUUUAUCGCUUAUAACGGCGGUAUGAAUGCCGCUCAAAGAAACGAUGCGUUGACUGCUUUUGAAACUGAUCCAGAUGCCAUCGUCCUCUUAAUUUCAUUAAAAGCAGGAAAUGUUGGACUCAAUCUGACCUGUGCGAACCAUGUUAUCGUUUUAGACCCUUUUUGGAAUCCAUUCGUCGAAGAUCAAGCCAUUGAUCGUGCUCACAGAAUUGGUCAAACAAAAGAUAUCACCGUUCACCGAGUCAUAGUUGGUGAGACAAUUGAAGAACGUGUGGUUGCUUUGCAAAAUAAAAAAAGAGAACUGAUCAAUGGCGCCAUGGGAGAAGAGGGUCUCCGCAACAUAUCUCGCCUUAAUACGAAAGAGCUGGCAUUCUUGUUUGGAAUGGAUCAGUCACCGAAUCAAAGUAUUUGA